AUGUCUUUAACGCAGGGUAUGUACAUGGGUGUUUUCGCUGGCUUUGGUUUGGUUCUUUGGGUCUUCAUCGGCUCUCUCCUGUAUCCGCCUAACAAAUACCCAGGCGUUCGCUCGGUCAGGGAGUGUUCAUUUUAUCAAGACGCCCUGGCAGCUAACUCUACUUUUGCAAACGGUACAUACGACAAUAGUUCGGCAAAGAUCUUCCGCAAAUAUGGUGACGGACUUAUCAGAAAUUCUUUUAAACCAUACACAAGGUACAGUAAAACAAAAACAAACUUGGUCGAAUUAACUUUCUAGAAUUCUGGGACUUUUACUAGACACUGGGAAAAACAUUAGGCUGAUUUAACAACAGAACGGGAAGGUCUGUUGACGACUGCGCGCGCAAAUCAAACAACUGGAUUGUUUUGGAUUGACCAGUGGGAGGGCGGCAAAUUGGGUACCGGAAGUCGAGUUUAGUCCUUUCUGGGCGCUUACCCGUUGUCAAAUGACGUUCUCGUCCUGUUGCUAAAUCAGCCUAUUAGCCAAUCUGAGCGGUGUGCGCCCAGCAACGAUCCCAGAAACAACUGCGGUGCGAAUUUCGGCGCCAGUUCCCUUUUUGUUUCUAAAUUGGCCAAUGCCUCCUAAAACGGUCAAUCCCCAAGUGAUACGCGAGUUUAAUUCAAAACAUCCUGACGCAACAUGAUGAUUGAUUGCUGCUAACAUGGCAUGGCCUUAGUGUCUUUGUUUGGUGAUAGAGCUCACGAAAGAACUGUGGUUUUUUUGAAGUAGUGCCGGAAUUAAUAGUGUCCAGAAUUAAUCUGAUAUACCGAGAAUUAUAGGAACCCUAUAUAAAUGGCUGCAAAAUAGUUAAGCUUGCUUCUUAUAUUUAUAUCUAUUAUAUCUUAGUGUUUGACUUAUCAGACAAUGGCUCAAUACCAACUAUUAUGUGUGUAGCUAGGGCCUUAAUAAGAGGAUAUAAGCAUACCCAAGAGGUCAAACACCGGCCUUUAUGCUUAUCACUGUUAGCCAUGCUUUAUAGAAACACUCAUGCAGCGCGUUUGUAACUGUUUUCCCUUCUUUUUUUAUUGUAGCAACCCAUUUGCUGAUCUUUACAGUUUGUCAUACCUGUGGUUUAGUACUCUGACCUUUGUUACAACAACUGUUGUUGGCCUGACUGCGUCAUUAUUGCUU